AUGGAGACAGCGCUAGCAAAAACACCAGAGAAAAGGCAAGUCAUUUUCCUUGCUAUAUUGUUGCUUUUGUGGGAGUCUGGCUCUGAGGCAAUUAGAUAUUCCAUGCCAGAAGAAACGGAGAGUGGCUACUUGAUAGCUAACCUGGCUAAAGAUCUUGGGCUCCAGAUUGGGGAAUUGUCCACUAGAGGGGCACGAAUCCAUCACAAUGGUAACAAAGAGCUCUUGCAGCUUGAUGCAAAGAGAGGGAAUUUGCUGCUGAAGGAAAAACCAGAUCGCGAGGCACUGUGUGGGGCGACAGAACCCUGUGUGCUGCACUUCCAGAUCAUACUGGAAAACCCUGUGCAGUUCUUUCAAACCGACCUGCAGCUCACAGAUAUAAACGACCACUCUCCAGAGUUCCCUGACACAGAAAUGCUCCUAAAAAUUCAAGAAAGUGUCCAGCCAGGGACUGUGUUUCCUCUGAAGGCAGCUCAGGACUCUGACAUAGGGAGCAACGCUGUUCAGAACUACACAGUCAAUCCCAACCUCCAUUUCCACGUCCUUACUCACAGUCACACAGAUGGCAGGAAAUACCCAGAGCUGGUGCUGGACAGAGCCCUGGAUAGGGAGGAGCAGCCUGAGCUCACUUUAAUCCUCACUGCUCUGGAUGGGGGUGCUCCACCCAAGUCUGGGACAACGACGGUUCGAAUUGAAGUCGUGGACAUCAAUGAUAACGCUCCCCAAUUUGUACAGUCGCUCUAUGCGGUGGAGGUCCCUGAAGAUAGUCCCCUCAAUGCCUUAGUUGUCACAGUCUCUGCCAGAGACUUAGAUACUGGGAUACAUGGCAAUGUAGCCUACUCUCUGUUUCAAGGCAGUGGAGGUCUUCAGCCAUUUGUGAUAGAUGAAAUUUCAGGAGAAAUUCGCCUUAAAGGGGCAUUGGAUUUUGAGGCAACUCCAUACUAUAACAUGGAAAUUGUAGCCACAGACAGCGGAGGUCUUUCGGGAAAAUGCACUGUGUCUAUACAGGUGGUGGAUGUGAACGACAACGCCCCUAAACUCACCAUAUCUUCGCUCACUCGUUCCAUCCCAGAAAAUGCUCCUGAGGCUGUAGUUGCUGUUUUCAGUGUUUCUGACCCAGAUUCUGGCGAUAAUGGAAGAGUGUUGUGUUCUAUUCAGAAUGAACUUCCAUUUCUUUUAAAACCCACAUUCAAGAACUUUUACACCUUAGUGACAGAGAGCCCCCUGGACAGAGAGAGCAGAGCUGAGUACAAUAUCACCAUCUCAGUCUCAGACCUGGGCACACCCAGGCUCACAACCCAGCACACCAUAACAGUGCAGGUCUCUGACAUCAACGACAACGCUCCCACCUUCACUCAAACAUCUUAUACCCUGUUUGUUCACGAGAACAACAGCCCCGCCCUGCACAUAGGCACCAUCAGCGCCACAGAUGCAGACUCAGGCUCCAAUGGCUUUAUUAAUUACUCACUGCUACCGCCCCAUGACCAGCAGCUGGCCCUCGUCUCCCUCAUCUCCAUCAACUCAGACAAUGGGCAACUGUUCGCACUCAGGGCGCUGGACUAUGAGGCCGUGCAGGCCUUUGAGUUCCACGUGGGCGCUACAGAUGGAGGCUCACCCGCGCUCAGCAGUCAGGCUCUGGUGCGCGUGGUGGUGCUGGACGACAAUGACAAUGCGCCCUUCGUGCUCUACCCACUGCAGAACGCCUCUGCGCCUUGCACAGAGUUACUGCCCAGAGCAGCGGAGCCAGGAUACCUGGUUACCAAGGUGGUUGCUGUUGAUGCUGACUCUGGCCAGAAUGCCUGGCUGUCAUUCCAGUUGCUUAAGGCCACAGAGCCCGGGCUGUUUAAUGUGUGGGCGCACAAUGGCGAGGUACGCACCGCCAGGCUGCUGAGCGAGCGUGAUGUGCCCAAGCACAGACUGCUGCUGGUGGUCAAGGACAAUGGAGAGCCUCCACGCUCUGCUAGCAUCAUGCUGCAGGUGCUAGUGGUGGAUGGCUUCUCUCAGCCCUACCUGCCUCUGCCAGAGGUGGCGCUCAACCCCACAAAGGAAGAAGACAUGCUCACACUCUAUCUGGUUAUUGCUUUGGCUUCUGUGUCUUCACUUUUUCUCUUGUCUGUGCUGCUGUUCGUGGGCGUGAGGCUGUGCAGGAAGGCCAGGGCAGCUUCUCUGGGUGACUGUUCUAUUCCCGAGGGACACUUUCCAGGCCACCUGGUGGAUGUCAGCAGUGCGGGAACCCUGUCCCAGAAUUACCAUUAUGAGGUCUGUCUGACUGAAGACUCUGGGACCUCAGAUUUCAAGUUCAUGAACCCUAUCAUUCCCACCAGUCUCCUUCAGGACUCCUAG